AUGACUGCAUACCGCUACGUUCCUGCGGACGAGUUUACUCCAGAGUCCAGAAUUAACUGGAUCCCUUUAGGCAGAGUAACGAAGUGGAUUCGAGAAGGAGAAGAACGAUUGGAAGAUAAAUUUACCCUCUUCCUUGAAGGCGAUCUUAAACUUUGCAUCUAUUUCCUUUCCCACGCCAUGUUCCGGGUGCGGUUCAACCCUGACCCUAAAGCUCCGUAUGGGAAGACUCUCUCUCCAGCCACUGAGAUGGGAAGGAUCGAGGCUUCCGAUAUCAAAGUCGAGGAACAAGGUGGAUUUCUGAGGAUAGGCACCAAUAAGAUUGAGAUCCGUGUCAAUUUGAGGAAAUAUGCGUUAUCCGUGUACCGAGAUGGCCAAUUGAUUCACGCAGAACCAGGAGACUACAACCUGGUAUACGUUAAGUGCGAUGAUGGUGGUGAGGCUAUCGCUCAAUUUAAGAUGGCGCCGACUAAUGCUCAGUAUUUCGGGUUUGGAGAGAAGGCAGGUGUAACGCUUGAUAAGCGACGUGUUCCCAAACAGCAUUUCUAUGGCCAAUACGUAGGGGGAGACGAGAAGAUCGGAGCUGCCAUGACAUUUUUCAACUAUGACAACUUCGGCUACACUGCUCCAGAUCUAGCACCCGAUGGUGAGGUACAGGGGCCAUUAAAUCCUAAUAUUCCAUUGUAUCAGUCUUCACCGUUCUUCAUUGAGCACAAUCCAGAACCAAUCGGAGCAUUUACUGGUCCUUCGUACGCCAAUGGAUUUCUGAUCGAUAAUACUUCGCAGACAUUUGUAAAUUUUCGCCAGGAAGACCAGUAUUACUUCGGAGUACUGCACGGGGAGCUUGAUUAUUACUUCCUUGCUGGUAAAAACGUUGCCGAGGUACUUAAUGAGUUCACUCAGCUGACCGGGCGUACUAAGCUGAAGCCAAAGUACGUGUUUGGCUACCACCAAGGAGGGUUUGGCCCCAACUACAAUACCAAGUGGAAGCUACUGGAAGUGGCGCUCAAGUACCGUCAGUGGAAGAUUCCAAUUGACGGGCUCCAUGUGGAUGUGGAUUUUCAGGACAAUUACCGCACUUUCACGCACAGCAAAAAGAAGUUUCCUGAUCCUAAAGAGAUGUUUGAUGCCUUGCACGAUUGGGGGUACAAAUGCAGCUCCAACAUCACACCCAUCGUGAGCUGCAACACAGAUGAAAAUGGCGAGUACAGUCCGUACAAAGCCCUGGACACUGGAAAAGCCAGCGGCAUCUUUGUGAUGAACACACGGGAAGAUGGCAGUGGCACCCAUGAUGAAUUCAUUGGUAACGUGAACUAUGGCCGUGGUCAUCUGACCUGGGGACACUACCCUGAUCUGGGACGGUUGGAUGCACAGAAAUGGUGGGGCGAGCAGUACCGUGAUCUGUUAGACUGGGGAGUGGACUUCGUGUGGCAAGACAUGACCACUCCAGCCAUGAAAGCGAGUGUUCAUCAGCUUGACUGUCCCCUGCUGUCAUUUCCUAUGGAUAUAAUGAUCAGUGACACCGAGAAAACCAGGUUUGUGACAAAUAUGAUGUUGGGGCUUGCAAUGCGAGAGAAUUAAGAUCUAGGUAGAGGGUGAAUUUGUGAUAUUUAAACAUGCAGUUAAAUCUUAAAAUGACACCCAUUUGCCCACGAUGGAUGUAUAGCUUCUCUGAGGCCCUUUAACUCCGAUGAGUGAUCAAGAAAUAAUUUCUUCAUAAAGAUCAAUAUGACAUCAAGCAGACAAGUAAUGAGAAUGAAGACAAACAUAAAGUAAGGGAUUAGUAGUGACCCCGUACCAAAUUCUCCGAGAUCACGUCAUAAAAAUUGUAUGGCAGACAGUAAGGAGAAUUACCAAUGAGAUCUUAAGAGUGAAAUAUCAAGAACCCACGACCAGGUAUAUUCAGAUAAAUCCUGAAAUCCAGAGUCGCGUGAAAGCUGUACAAUGCACAUAGAUCAAAAAAGUAAUCUGUCCCCGAGCUCUCAUCAAUCGAUUUAGCCAUAACUUCAUGAAGAUGAGGGGAAAUUUUGAGAAAGGAUUUUCUCGCGUUUUAGUUAAUUCCAAUGUUUUGUCCUCAAGGUGUUCCAAAGUAAGCACUCACCAUGCCAAGAAACCAUUUGCUAAGCUUCGCUCUUUGUACAAUUACAAUCUCUGCAAAGCAACUUACCGAGGUAUGGAGCAUCUUCGACCAACCAAACGCCACUUCAUUAUCACGCGGGGCGGUUUCGUUGGAGUUCAUCGUUAUGCUGGACUGUGGACAGGGGACAGUACGUCAAGCUGGGAAUUCGUUCAGAUGAACAUCCCAUUAGUCCUCGGCAUCGGUCUUUCUGCCCAACCUGUGUCAGGCUGUGACAUUGGCGGCUUCUGUGCUGCAUGGCAAGGCCAGAUUGUAGAUCCCGAGUUAAUGGCCCGCUGGACCAUAAUGGGAGCGUUUCUUCCGUGGUUCCGAAACCACUAUGAUAACUAUUACAAGCCAUACCAAGAGCCGUACCGCUAUGAAGAACCAGUCCCCACAAUCUGCCGAAAGUACAUUGAGUUGAGGUACAAACUUAUUCAGUACAUCUACGAUGCCAUGUAUGAGAACACGCAGACAGGUAAACCCAUCUGCAGGCCCCUGUUCAUGGAUGAGUACAAACCGGGAGAAUUCUAUAAUGAUGCACGCGCAGAUGACCAGCACAGCAGGGGGUAUAACGGUUUCACGGCCAACCGCUUGGAUGAUCAGUUCUUUUUGGGUAGAGACAUAAUGGUGGCACCCAUUGUCAAUCCAGGUUCGUUUAAAUUUGUAGUAGCUAACGAUUAAAACAUUCCACACUGUAAUGGUAAUGCUCAAACCUCCCUCAGAAACAGUGUAGACCAUGAGAGACCCAGGAAAAAUAUCGAUCGAUGUAAACAUACUACGAUUUUUUGGUUGUUGUCACCCGGUUGAAGAUGUGCAGUAAUUUACUCUCAAGGACAAUUAAUACCUUUUCAAAAGGCUUUGCUUUAUUCUAGUACUCUCCGAAUACCUAUCUAAGAUAAGGCCUAUAAUCUCAUUGCCAUUAAACGCCAUUGAGUCAUAAGGUAGUUCUAAAUAACUUGUUGUAUCUUCAGGUCAAGCGAACCGCGUCGUGUACCUCCCCGCUGGAAGUCAGUGGUACCGUUUUACAGAUGACAAGUGUCCUUUGGAGAAUCCGGUCAAUGGUGGGGUGGAGUUCGAUUUCUACGCCCCCUGGGAUGACCCUAGUAAAGACAACUGUGCCGUUUACGUUCGGGAAGGCGCCAUUAUACCCAAGCGCGAGGUGGAACAGUACAUUGGUGAGCUGUAUCGUCACGGUAAGACGAAUCCUAUCACCCUUAGUAUUUAUCCCGGCCGAGACAGCAGCUACAGGUUGUAUCUGGACGAUGACGGUGUGAGUAACAAGGCAGAGACCGCUGGCGAGUACAGACUGACUGAAAUUAGUAAUGAAGGUGAGGCUUAGUGAACAAAGUCACGUGAUUAGAUUUAGUUGGCCAGCUGUUUGCGCCCCGGAGUGGUUAAAAGCAAACCAUCGUAAUCAUUCAGUCGGAAAAAUAGCACAUGUUUUAGGGAGAGUCUAUCUUUCUAUUGACAACGAGUAUUCCUUCCUUUUCGGCAAAGACUGUCGCGCAAAUCCAGCAAAACUAGUGGAAAAGAAACGAUGCUAGUACGCCGCGAAGAACACCGAGAGUGAGGGUAAUGAAAAGUAGGUCCACAUGGCGUGCUAACAUAAUUUUUUUUCUAAGAGGCGUAAAGAGGGGACUGCCCGUAGUCUAACCUUUCUAACUUGUUCCUUGUGUUCACCCUUUUUUGUUCACUUGAUGGUACUGGUGACUUUAAGCAAACCACGUCGGCGAUAGCAACGAGAACUUGACUAAACGAAAGAUUUAAUAAACAUACCUGUAGUACGUUCUAAAAUUUUGUUUAUAUCUUAGCCAUCCUCUGCAAAACCACACAGUGAAAUCACCGAACUUUGGGUGAUCUGAGAACAGAACUCAACGCUGCUUAUGUAUUUUAUGCAGAAGAUGAUGUAUGGCGCCGUUAGAGACGGUAAUCACAUUCACCAACCCGCGAAAUUCUUAAGAAAAAUAGAAAUGAAUUUCUUCUUCAUCGACGUUUUCUUCGACGUUGCCGUCCUGAUUGCUUAACCCUUUACACCCUUAAAUCAGUAUGAAUAUUCUCCAUACUGUUCUCUAUAUAUUUCCCAAGUUUUGAUAAGGAGAAUUUGCCUAACAAUCAGGAGCUUCUUCAGUUUGUGAUCAUUUCUUUUAUUCUCGUGACCUUAGUGUGUAAUUCAGGGGGGAUAUUGUUGGGAGAAAUUAAAAUCUGGUCACUCUUAGAGGAGUCAAACAGUCUAGGUUAGUGAAUGUAGGUCCACAUGACGUGCUAACGUGCUUUGAAUUCAAAUUUCCAAGUACUGGUGUGCGUAAAGCUUUCAAUCAGAAAAACAAGGAUUUCUUGUUUUGUAAAUGGUGAAACGAAACGAACAAAGUAAAACCAUCAAAAAGAAGCAUGGGCAGAACUUGAAAGGAUUGUUAUACUCAUUUGAAAGCAAGCUGUCUUAACUUUUCUCUUUUCCAUUGCUAAAAUUUUCAUGUAAUAAAAUAGAAUUUAAAUUAUUUGUUCCCUGUUGAACACCAGGAAUUCCCGGAGGUCAGCGGAUUCGUAUCAAGCGUCUCCACGACAAAUUCAAACCACGUGAGACGUUCUACUUCCUUGGUAUGCCGGGAACGAUCUGCCCAACUUCCGUUACGGCUGAUAGUCAAGUCUUGCAAGAGAUAACCAGAAACACAGAUGAAGAAGCUGCAAAAGCCUUGGAGAACUCCAGAGAUGCACCAGGGGCAUUUUACUACAACAAAUUUCUGAAGACAACAUUUAUCAAGAUUUAUGACAUAUUAAGUGACGUUACCGUGGAAGUAAUGUUCUGA